AUGAACAUCAAGACUUUGUGCCAUCAAGAAUACAGAAGAAUCUCAGUUGAAUCGUUACUGAACCCAGUAGAAGAGGCACUAGAUUGCGGAAAGUCGCAGCCUCAUCCAAAACCCAGUACUAAACCCACUAAUGAAUCUUUGUGUGCCAGAACGAAUAAUACUGCUGUCCAACACAAUGUCCAAAAGAGAAAAGGUGUCACCAGGAGAUGUCCACAGUGUGCGGUAGUAAAGACUUCUCCGCAAUGGAGAGAGGGUCCUGAUGGACAAGUGACAUUGUGUAAUGCCUGUGGACUAUUUUAUAGAAAGAUAUUUUUGGUUUUUGGCAAGAGCCUGGCAAAGCGGUACUUCAACGAGAUAAAAGGUGUGAGCGUAAAAAGAAAAAUUCCGAAAAGCCUCUAUGGAGUUGCGAGAACGCACUAA